CUCCCCAGUUGAGAGGUCAAGCCAGGGAUAAAGACCUCCCAGGAGGAGGGCAGAGGAAGUUGUGUGGGACUAGUUGCUCCAGACAGAAGGAUGCUGCAGAUGAGCCUGUCCUGGCUGGGUCUCGGGCCGGUGGCAGCCUCCCUGUGGCUGCUGCUGCUGCUGCUGGCCGUGGUCUCCUGGCUCCUGGCCCGCGUCCUGGCCUGGACCUAUGUCUUCUAUGACAAUGCUCGCCGCCUCCGGUGUUUCCCGCAGCCCCCAAAACGGAACUGGUUUUGGGGUCACCUGGAUCUGGCAAAGAGCAAUGAGGAGGGCUUGCGACUGAUUGAAGAUCUGGGCCACUACUUCCGCGACAUCCACCUCUGGUGGAUGGGGCCCUUCUGUCCCAUCCUGCGACUUGUCCACCCUAACUUUGUUGCUGCUCUGCUCCAGGCCCCAGCCACCGUCGUACCCAAGGAUAUGUUUUUCUACAGCUUCCUGAAGCCCUGGCUGGGGGAUGGGCUCCUGCUAAGUGCCGGUGACAAGUGGAGCCACCAUCGCCGCCUGCUGACACCUGCCUUCCACUUUGACAUCUUGAAGCCGUAUAUGAAGAUUUUCAACAAGAGUGCAGACAUCAUGCAUGCCAAAUGGCAGCGCCUGGCCUCAGAGGGCAACACUCGUCUGGACAUGUUUGAACACAUCAGCCUCAUGACCCUGGACAGUCUGCAGAAAUGUGUCUUCAGCUUCGACAGCAAUUGCCAAGAGAAACCCAGCGAAUAUAUUGCCGCCAUCUUGGAGCUCAGUGCCCUUGUGACAAAAAGGACCCACCAGAUCUUCCUGCACAUGGACUUCCUGUACUACCUCACCCCUGACGGGCAGCGCUUCCGGAGGGCCUGCAACCUAGUGCACGACUUCACAGAUGCCGUCAUCCAGGAGCGGCGCCGCACCCUCACUAGUCAGGGUUCCCAUGACUUGCUUCAGGCCAAGGCUAAGACCAAGACUUUGGACUUCAUUGAUGUGCUCCUGCUGGCCAAGGAUGAAGAUGGGAAGGAACUGUCAGAUGAGGACAUCCGAGCCGAGGCUGACACCUUCAUGUUUGAGGGCCAUGACACCACAGCCAGCGGCCUCUCCUGGAUCCUCUACAACCUUGCAAAGCACCCUGAAUACCAGGAGCGCUGCCGGCAGGAGGUGCAAGAACUCCUGAGGGACCGUGAGCCUAAAGAGAUUGAAUGGGAUGACCUGACCCAGUUGCCUUUCCUGACCAUGUGCAUCAAGGAGAGUCUGCGGUUGCAUCCUCCAGUCACAGUCAUCUCCCGCUGCUGUACCCAGGACAUUGUGCUACCAGAUGGCCGGGUCAUCCCCAAAGGGAACAUCUGUGUCAUCAGCAUCUUUGGGAUUCAUCACAACCCGUCAGUCUGGCCGGACCCUGAAGUAUACAAUCCCUUUCGCUUUGAUCCAGAAACCCCCCUGAAGAGAUCACCUCUGGCUUUUAUUCCCUUUUCAGCGGGGCCCAGGAACUGCAUUGGGCAGACGUUUGCCAUGACUGAGAUGAAGGUGGUCCUAGCGCUCACGCUGCUGCGCUUCCGCGUCCUGCCGGAUGAGGAGGAGCCGCGCAGGUUGCCGGAGCUGAUCCUGCGCGCAGAGGGCGGACUUUGGCUGCGGGUGGAGCCACUGAGCGCAGGACAGCAAUGAUCCACUACCUCCUGGCCUGGGAUCCACGCUGACAUGAAACACCUCACUUUGCAGAUUCCUAGGAAUAAAACUGUGCUGUCACCCCUGCCUGAGCCUCGUCUAGAACCAGCAGGGGGCCCUUGGGGCCUGUGAGGAUCCAGGGUGGUGGCGUGGCCUGUGAGGAUCCAGGGAGUGAACCUGGGGGACGGGGUAGUGGGGGAUUGAUGUGGAGCUGAAGCUCCAUCUUGUCCUUGUCCACGAGGACAAGACUACUUUUUAGGGAAGAUGAAACAGAGAGCUAGAUGCAGUCAGGGUCAGAUGACCCUGGAUCCACCAUUCCCUGCAGUUAUACCACCAAGGUCACCAUCCCAGUCUGCCAUCUACUAGCUGUUCGGCUUAGGGGAAAUCGUUUACCUCUCUAAGCCUCAGUUCCUUUAUCACAUAAUAGUAGCCACCUUAUUGUGCUGUUGUGGAGUUGAAUAAGCAAGCAUGCGCAAAAUGACUGAUUCUGUAUCUGGUAAGCAUCAGUACUCAAUAAGAGUUAAUUUCCUCCCUACUUUUUGCACCACUUUCUCAAAUUUAAAAUGUUUUAAAGUCACAAAAGUUAUAUUUAAGUUUCGGGAAGUGUAGGAACUUACUGUUGAAGAAAACUAUCAUUAGAAGAUUCAGUAAAUUCAAAAUCUCCACAGUUACAUCUGUUAAUAGUUGCAAGGGGGUUUGAUGUGAAGAUAGCCUGAAAAAAACAUUUUUCCCCCUCAGAGAGGCAGGACUUCAUUUUCACCUAGAUGUUCUAGGAAGUGGAGGUCAAGAGGGUACACAAUAGUGAGAGGAAGGUGGAGGAGGGUGGUGGGAGAUGGGGAGGCAGGUUGGGGGCCCUUCAGCACCAGGGACAGUGGUUGCCCUAGGACUCUCCCCGUUCAGGCCGUUGGGGGUCCUGGGAUAGAGUCCUAGCCUCAGAGCUUUUCAGGAGCCUAGAGGUUAGGGGCCAGAAGACUUACUGGCUGCAAAAUAAGAAAGAAACCCUGUAACAUGCAAUGAAUAAAUAUUUAAUAUAUUCU